AUGCUCUGGGAAAGGGUGCUAGUGUUCUCUGGUAAACCACAAUGGACAUCUGAAAUGCUCAGGCACAUGCUGAACACACCUCUUGACAUCUCCAUCAAUCCAGUUGACCUUCCAGCAGAUUCUAGGGCACUGGUGAUCUUGAAUGUGAUGACUGUGGCUAAUCAUUUCUGGAGGUUUAGAGCCUUCAAUCUCACAGCUCCAUAUCCAUAUAUCUGCAAAUUUUUUGACUUGGUAUCCUUCAACCACAAUGAAGCACCCCACCUUUGGGUCUUGUCCCUUAGAAGCCAAAACUGGGGCAACCUGCCUGAGUGCAACAAAGCCCUCCCAGUCAAAUUGUUGACCCUGGCCACACCAUGCCUAGAGUACCUGGUGCUCCAAGGCUGCCACUUUCAUUGGGAUGCGAUGAGUUCUGGCCUUGCACAUUCCUAUGGUCUAUCAACCCUGCACAUCGAUUACCCAGAAAAAAGUGACCCAGCAUCGAAGCCAUCAACUUUUGCACUACUCACUGCACUUGUGCCACUCACUUCACUCAAGGAGCUCAAGUUAUGCAAUGCCACGAAACCUGUCCCAACCUCACAAUGGGACCACUUGACUGUCAUCCUCCUGCAGUUGCAGACCUUGCAUCUGCAGUCAAGCAUGCAACUCUGUGCCAACUUCCUGGGAAGAAUUGAGGCACCAACAAUUGUCUGCCUUGAUAUAGAUUGCAAUACCACCACUUCAUUCAUUGAAAUUUCUGCAUUCAUGACUGCAGUUGGGAAGGUGGCCCCCAAUGGAUGA